AUGCUCUCGGAGAAGACAUCCAGGAGCUAUCAGGGGAUUCCCAUUUUCGGAAUCAACACAGACACUCACUCAGUGUGGGAGAAUUCCCAUCAACCAAGACAUCUCCAAUAUCUGGAGUCAGUAUUGGUAGAGACGCAGUUCCAAGGACAUCACAAGAGAUUUGGGCGAUCAAGUUUAUUUGCCAAUGUGCACAAAAUCUUGCCCCAGACACCUGAAAAUCUGUCCAUUGAGGAAACGGUGCAGGAUGAUGAAAUUAAUCAGUUCCAGGUGACUCUGUCAAAAUCAGUCUUAGCAAAAGCCAAAGGUGCAAAUGUCAACCAGGAGGGACGAGUUGUGAUGUUGGCAGCUACUAGCCCGGUGCUCUUCAAGGAUAAUGAUUCCCGCCCAAUCUUUGGUGGAAAAGUGAUUGGCAUCUCAGUGGGAAACACACCGGUCCGUGGGUUGCUUCCAAAAGAGCGGAUAUCAAUCACUAUUUGGCACAACCACCUCCAGAAGAAUGUGACUCCCUCGUGUGUCUUCUGGGUUAUGGGCGCCAAGCCCGGUGACAUCGGCAAGUGGAACACAUCAGGCUGUGAAGUGGUGCAUAAAGAGAACCAAACAACCUGCCUUUGUGACCAUCUCACCUUCUUUGCGGUGGUCAUGCUCCCUUUCUCAGAUAUAGACGAGAUCCACGAGGAAUAUCUGAGGAUUGUUACUUUUGUUGGUUGCAUCAUUUCGGCUCUGGCUUCACUCGUCACCAUUGUCUUCCUUUGCUUGAGGAAAAAGCAGAGGGACCACAUUGUCUUUGUCCACAUGAAUCUCCUCUGGGCCAUCUUUCUCAUCGAUGUGAGCUUCCUCAUUGCGGUGCACCUGGCUCCUUUCGGAGGGGACACGGCUUGCAAAGCUGGUGGCAUGUUCCUGCAUUUUUCCGUGCUUGCGUGCUUGACCUGGAUGGCCAUUGAGGGCUACACUCUCUACCGGAUGGUGAUUGAAGUCUUCAACUCCUACAUCAAAUGCUUAAUUGUCAAGCUGUCCUUAAUAGGCUGGGGUCUUCCUAUACUCAUCGUAUGUCUAAUUUUUGUCAUUGAUCAGUCCUACUAUGGCUCUUCCUCUAUUAACGUCUAUACGUCUUCUGAGAAUUACACCAAAGCACGCUUCUGUUGGAGUUCCAAACAGGAGAUCCACAGUUUCCUGAAUUUGGGCUAUUUAAGCCUGGUGCUCUUCUUCAACAGCAUAAUGCUGGCCACCAUGGUGUACGAGACUCUCAGGCUGAGACACCGAGAGCGUCACUGGGAAUAUGCAGUGAUGCUCCUGGGCCUGAGCUGCGUGCUGGGCAUCCCGUGGGGGGUGGUCUUCUUUGCGGUCAUUUCCGGGACCCUCACGUUGGUGGCUGUCUAUAUUUUCACCAUCAUCAACUCUCUCCAAGGCUUCCUCAUCUUCCUUUGGUACUUGGCCAAAGUGCUGCAGGCUCGCAGGUCGAGUUCCACGCAGUGCACAACUUCCACCACCCUGAAGCUCCAGUCCAGCAGCUCCAGCAUCUGACCUCGUCCCGGCCAGGAGGACUUUGGGUGGGAGAUGCUCGUGGGAGGAUCUCCCUGGAAACUCAGCCAAGCAAUUCUUUGGUGGACCUGGGUGACUUCAUACCUCUGGGUAGCUUGGAGACGAUACUGACCUGUUUUCCUUCAAUACAGGAAAUU